CCCCGUAUCCUUUCCUCCAACCUGCCUUGCCUUGGCUCGACGAUUUCUCCCCCCCCCCCCCAACUUCUCGUGUUCUAUUGUCAGUUUCCUACUUCGACAGCACACACACGCUUCUCCUCCUUUGUUUUCCCUUCUUCAAAUACCAUCCUUCCUUUCUCUCUUUCCCUUUUUUUCCCCUUCUUCUCCCUGCGUCUGCACUUGGUGCUCGCAGGCAACCCCUGCUUCCGCCCGACCUCUCUGGUGGUUUUUAUUUGUGCACUGUGAGGGCUGCAUGUUCUUUAGCUGGUCGUGUGUCUUCUCCGGCAUGACAGCCUACCAUGUACUGGCGUGAGUAUGCGUGCGUAUGCGUGCGUGCACAUGCAUGUAUGUGUGCGACAUCGCCGUCGUCACGCUUGCCCCUCACGUGCUUGUUUGUGCGUGGUGCUGGUUUUGGGCCAGGCUUCUCCGUGCACAUCCCUCCUCCCCUCUUCUCUCCUCUGCGGCAGGCUUGGUCGUUUCAGAAUCACACGCUUCGUGGUGAUCAUGCGAUCAUGACCUUUCCCUCGUUGUUUUCCUUUCCUGGGAGUGCACGGUUUCUGGCACUCGCCCUGCCUCUCCCCACCCCCUUUUACCCCCUCUUGCUUCUUCGCCUUCAGCCGCCGCCCCCAGGCGUGGUUGGCGUCUCCUCCUACUCACAACCGCUCCGCUCCGUCUCUUGCGAUUUAUCUCCUCCCUUCCUCGGCAUUGUCCCUCCAGCUAAUACAUGCACCGCCUCCCCCUCCACCUCCCAGUAUGAUCGUCGCCAUCGUCGUCACUGUCCCCUCUCCUCCCCUUCCUGCAUGCACACCUGAGUCCUCCUCUCCUCUCUCUGCAUUGGUGUUUUUGCUUUAUGGCCGUCUGUCAUUGCUGGCACGUGUAGUGUCGCGCUGUUGCUUUGGUGCACUUGGCAAUGAACUGACUAUUCAUC